AAACCAAGACAGGAAAUAAAAAGCAGAAACAGAAGCAUCAAACCCAGGCCAGCUAUGGAGUUGAUUCCUUUUUCUCCUUCCUCUUCUAGCUUUCUUCAAAUCUUUUGCUUGAUAUCAAUGAAUUUCUAGCUUGUUCUUUGUGUUUUCACUAAUCCAAAAGCUCUCUCCCAUCCUAUCAGUCUGUAACUGGCUUUUGGAAUCUUUGGGAUUAGAUUGAAGCAGGAGUUCCAACUCAAAACUGCUCUCUCCCAUCCUAUCAGUUCAAAACAGAUUUAUAAGGGCCGGCCAAGCAAGAGAAACAAUUCAACAAGAAAAGAAAGAUGGCUGCAUCUUCUUCUUCACUUUUCGGAAUUAGAGAAGAAGAUCAAAACCUGAUGAAGCAACAGCAGCAUUCCAGCUCCACACCAACAUCAUCCACAGCCACCGCGCCUCCAGCACCACCACCGCAGAAUAAGAAGAAGAGAAACCAACCUGGAACACCAAAUCCAGAAGCGGAAGUGAUAGCACUAUCUCCCAAGACCCUAAUGGCAACAAACAGGUUCAUCUGUGAGGUAUGCAACAAAGGGUUCCAAAGGGAGCAGAACCUACAGCUCCACAGAAGAGGACACAACCUGCCUUGGAAGCUAAAGCAGAAGACUACAAAAGAACCCAAACGCAAGGUCUACCUGUGCCCCGAGCCCACCUGCGUCCACCACGACCCGUCUCGCGCCCUCGGCGACCUCACCGGAAUCAAGAAACACUUCUUCAGAAAACACGGCGAGAAGAAGUGGAAAUGCGAGAAGUGCUCCAAGCGCUACGCCGUUCAGUCCGAUUGGAAGGCUCAUUCUAAGACUUGCGGCACUCGGGAGUACCGCUGCGACUGUGGUACUCUCUUCUCCAGGAGAGACAGUUUUAUCACUCAUAGGGCAUUCUGUGAUGCACUGGCUCAGGAAAGUGCAAGACAUCAACCCAAUCUGAGCAGCCUUGGAAGCAACUUAUAUGGAGGUACCAGCAACACUGGCCUAGCCUUAUCUCAUCACCACCAUCAGCAGGUUGUGGGCCCUAAUAUUGAUCAUCAUCACCACAACAAUCACUCAGCGGCUGCCGACAUCUUACGUCUCGGCGGCGGCGGCGGCAAUGCCCGGACCGGACAGUUCGAUCAUCUCCUUUCUCCACCUUCAAUGGGAUCGUCGUUUCGUCCGCCGCAGUCUUCGGGAACCUUUUUCAUGAAUCAAGACCAGCCUAGCCAGCAAUACCAUCACGAUCAAGAACAGCUGCAAAGCAAACAAUUCCAUGGACUGAUGCAAUUUUCUGAUCAUCAGAAUAACAGCAACAACUCUUCUUCAGGAGGCAAUCUGUUUAACCUACCUUUCUUAUCAAACAGCAGCAAUAGCAACAAUGCCACUGGCGCCAGCAAUACUAAUCUACUAGUUCAUCCUGAGCACCAAUACAACAGUAAUGGCAGUGGAGCUGGCGGCGAAGGCGGGUCGAGUCUUUUCUCUAGUCACAUGAUCGGCGGAGGCGGUGGUGAUCACAUCAGCUCCGGCAAUGUGAGUUCACUCUAUAGUUCUCAAGUACAAAACAACCAUCAUGGUGUCUCGCACAUGUCCGCCACCGCGCUGCUUCAGAAGGCGGCUCAAAUGGGGUCAACUACUUCGAGCAACAACACUUCUGCCUCGCUCCUAAGAAGCUUUGGAAGCACAUCCUCCACUAAAUCUGAACGCCCCGCCACGGCGGCCUCCCUAGUUCCCGCCAAUUUAGGCGGCAUUUUCGGUGGCAGCAGUGAAAAUGAGAACAGCCUCCAGGACCUGAUGAACUCUUUUGCUGCUGGAGGAGGGAGCUCCUCCAUGUUCGGAGGCGGGUCUGAUAGGUUGACUAGGGAUUUUCUCGGGGUUGGUCAGAUUGUUAGGAGCAUGAGCGGUGGGCAACAACAAACUCAGAUCGAGCAUAUGAGCUCCUUGGAUUCAGAGAGCAAUGCUGCGCCGUCAACCCAAUCUUUUGGAGGAGGUGGGAAUUUUCAGUGAACAAAUAUACUGAGAGAAAGAGAGAGACAGAGAGAUCAGGCCGGGAAAUAUGUGGCUUGUUUCAAUGGAAGCCGGUUUGUCCGAAAGUUUAUCUUACGCAUCAAGUUCUGGAUUAAUUUGAGUGUCAUGAAGGGAAUGAUGCGAGGUUCUUCGAGCUGUAUAUUUUGUCUUCUUCUUUUCCUUAAUUA